AUGGGAAUCACAUUCCAGGAUGAGGCAUCUGCUACAGACUGCUCGACUUGGCUAAGGCGAUUCUCUACCUCAUCGAUCAGCUCGUACUUGACUCGCCAUUCCACCUCUGUAGAGCUGGCUAAGUCGGCACGACUGCUCGCUGGUCUGCCACUUGACGGAUUGGGUUUCUCAUUAUGUGCUAACGAUAGUCUGCUCGGUGAAGUGGUGGAGAAUGAGGAGGCGGAGGAUGAAGAUGCACGGUAG